CUGGUGCCAGAUGUGCUCAAUGACAAGAGGGGCGCCAAGCAGGAGCUCGCGUUGAAGGUCUGUCAUCGUCUUUCACGUAGAGAUAUCAAUGCAGGAGUGCAGAGGCGCAUGUUGCUUCGUUCAGUGAUCGUAGCAUGCGAAUGCUGAUUUUGGAACAGCAGCAGUGGCUUCAGAUGAGAGUUCGCCGUCACCUGCUGAGGUCCAAUGAUUAUGCCAUCGCCUGUUGAGGCUGACUGUUGUUAGAUUGCUUUCUGACAAUAGCUGAUUGUGGAACGACCUUGAAUAAUAGUCAAGCAUUGUCUGUAAUGAAAUUCAACUGCGCAUUUUGAGACCAUUGUUCCCUGCCCUGCUUGAGGAACUGAGAGCAAGCACAGUAGACGGUCUCUACCUGGAACGCUGAAUUGGCAGCAUGGAAUCAACGAGCUUCUAAUUGGUGCUUGCACGAUCUAAGCUCGUCAGCAAUGGCCGCAGUGAGUGGUUCGACAUGCGCGGUCCCGUGCAAGCAGUUGCCCAAAUGUUUCGGCACAGCCGCCUCUAGUAUGAACGCACGGAAUGUGAACAGCUUCCCUCUGCACGGAAGAUUGUCUUCUGUAACUAGAAAUGGUGGGUCUCAGCUGGUGCUGGAUUUAAAUCCAAAUGACGGCAAUUCGGCCGUCGUGCACAAACCAAUCAGAAGGAGGGGCGUAUCAAAAUGCACAGCCGCGAAAUUGGGCCAAGAUUGGAGCCAAUUCAUGCGCGAUGUGACCACCCCCAGGAAGGGAUUGGAAGAAGAGGCGCGGCUGGAAAAGUCUAGGCUAGCUCACAGCGCAUCAGAUGAGAGGGGUUCUGCGGAACCAGUUGUCUUCCCAACCCACUCCCCUGCAUUCGCAAGAAUAGAGGCACCGAGGCGGGCCGCCGCCCCGCCUGAUGUCAGCAAAGUCGCUUCUCUUGAGGCGGACCUUGAUGGGAAGAAACUUAACCAGGUGCAACUAGACGAGAGGCGGCGGAGGCUGAUCGAGCUCGGCAGCCAGGCAGUGAGCAGUGCGAGCCAAAGGGCCGCUGAGUCAGCGGAUGAGGCGUCGAGAACCGCUGCCAAGCUGGCAAGAUACGCGAGGCGCCGGUUCCAAGAGCGGACGGGGCGCGUUUACACGGGGACGACGAUUGAGGACGACGUCUUUCCGAUUCGGCAACCAACACGGAACGAGUUGUUCCUCAUCGUGGGGGUUGCGUUUGCGAUUGCGUCAGCUUUUGCGUGGAGAUGGCAGGCAAUGCUCGACGCAAAGGGCACCAGGGUUACAAACAUCCCCCCCGAGAAGCCCAAGGACCCAAACAGGCCGAAGCUGCCAGCACCGGUGCCCCCGAUGCCGGAGCUUGGGGCCAACCCCCGCCAAAAGGAGAGCGCCGAGUGGCUCAACAUGGUGCUCAGCAAGAUCUGGAAGGUUUACCAGCGCGCGCUCGAGUCAUGGAUUGUGCAGUCCCUCCAGCCAGCCUUCGACGACUUAUCCAAGCCUGCAUGGGUCGGCCGGGUCAUCAUCCAGCAGUUCUACCUCGGCGAGGAGCCCAUCACUAUCCGCAGCGUGCAGCGGCGCGUUUCACGUCGCGCAAACGACCUCCAGUAUAACCUGGCCUUCCGGUACACGGGCGGCGCACGAAUGCUGCUCCUUGUGCCUAUCCAAUCGGGGCCGGUUAAGAUCGAAAUGCCGGUCGGUGUCCGCAAGCUGGACUUGGAUGCGGAAUUGUGGAUUAAGAUCCGCCUCGUUCCUAUGGAGCCGUACGUCGGAUCGUUCACGUGGGCGUUUGCGAACAAGCCCAAGAUCAAGCUGGUGCUGGCCCCGUUCCGCUUCGUGAACCUGAUGAACAUCCCGCUCAUCUCCACGUUCCUGCUCAGACUGCUGACGGAGGAUCUGCCGCGCAACUUCGAGCUGCCCAACAAGGUCCUGAUCGACCUGAUGAAAGACCGCGUCUCGGGGCCCGGCCCGCAGACCGAAUCCCCCACCAACCUCGCCUUCGACUCCGGUUUCAAGGGCGAGUUGAACGUCACUCUAUGCGAAGCCGAAAACUUGCCGGUGUGGGGGUUAGGCUUCCUAAGCGAUCCGCACUGCAUUCUGACGAUCGGGCAGCAAGAGGUGCGCAGCAAGCGGGAUAGCGACACGUCGAUCCGGGGCAAGGCCGGGAAUCCGGUGUGGAACCAGGACUUCUUCUUCCUGAUCGAGGAUACGAUCACGCAGAAGCUGGUGGUUCAGGUCCGCGACAGCCCGACGACGCUCAAACUAGACGUGGCGAAAGGCGCCAUCGACCUUGCAAACCUCCCCGAUCUAGAGCCGGUGGAUGUGUGGAUCGAUCUUGUGGCUAACCAAGGGUUCGGGCCCACAAAAGUUUCCCGGCCCGCGGGGCGACUGCUGCUGAGGCUGACGUACAAGUCGUACGUGGAUGACGAAGACGAAGUUUCCCGGCCCGCGGGGCAACUGCUGCUAAGGCUGACGUACAAGUCGUACGUGGAUGACGAAGACGAAGGCCCGGUCCCGAUGUCGUCACCCACCCGCAAGGGCAAGACCACCUUCGUGGAGGACCUGCCCGAGUUUGACGUCAGCAGGAUCCCCGAUCUAGUUACCAACGACAUCCCGGUCGCGGUCGCAGAGGGCGUCCAGAAGGGCAUCGACGCGCUGCCGGAGGAGAUCCCGGCGGCGAUUCAGAAGGGGAUCGACGCGAUCCCGCCGGAAAUUCCGGAGGCGGUCGCGGCCGGGAGCGAGCGGGCUCAGGACGAUAUCGAGGUGGUACAGCAGAAUUUGAACGAGGCGGUCCCGCCGUCGCUGAAGGAGGGCGUGAAAGACUUCCGGGAGAGCGCGAGCGACUUCUGGGCGGAGGGCAUCGCAAAUGCGGUCGAGAACCUAGGGUUCGGGGCCAACACGGCGCACGUAGAAAAAGUGGAGCCUCCCAAUGACGUCCGCGAGGUUGCGAUCCGCGACAAGUCCAAGCCUGGCGUGCACGACUUUGCCGUCUUCCGCGACGAGGCUGACGUCAGCAACACCGCGGAGGCUUCGGAGCCGGCCCUGCCGCUCAAGGUCGCCAAAGCCGGCUCCGAGGGCAGCACGUUUCACGUGGCCCAGGACGGGAAGGAGGCCGACGUCACCAUUGCGGGCGGGAGUGACGUCAGCACCGUGCAGAAUGACGUCAGCACCGCGACGAUGACGCCGGUGGGGGCGUCAGCGCCGAUCACCGACAGCUCCCCGGUGGCUUCCGAGGCGCUCGAGCGGAAGCAGGAGGGAGAACUAGCGCGGGGAGUUAACCGCACCGGGAGAGCGCCGCCGCCGCGAAAGGAGGACGGUUCGGCGCCCAGGAGGCCGUCGGUUGCCAACGUCAGCGUGAGGGAGCCCACGCCGGUUGCUGACGUCAGCAUCGCGGAUCCUUUGGAGGACCAGGCAGCGGAAAAAAACGUGAUGGGCGAUCCUGACGCCGUGGACCUCGGCGAGACGGUGGAGGAUGUGAAGAAGCAGCUGACGGGCGCGCUCAAGACGCUGAAGGAAGAGGACAAUCGGCGAGUCUUAGUGUGGUUAGCUAUACUCAUACCGCUCGCAUACCUUCUAUUGUUAAGUAUAAACACCGACAACAUUGCCAACCCUUAG